AUGUCCUCGACGCCAUCCCUACCGAAAUUCAUCGUCUGGGCACCCGACUACGCCGACGAGGGUGCUCUCCAACGAAGAUUAGCAGUAAGACCUACGCACCUCGAGAACAUCAAGACACUCAUCAGCCAAGGCGUUGUACGACUUGGCGGAGGGUUCAUGACACCCGACUCCGUCGACGCAGCUGCAGCAGACAAAAAGUUUCUCGGGUCGUGCUUGAUCUACGAAGGCGAGACCAUCGAUGUCGUGCGUAAGCUCGUGGAGGAGGACAUAUAUUAUAAGACCGACGUCUGGGACAAGGAGAAACUCGUUAUUCUCCCUAUCGCAUUAGCAACGGCCCUUCCUUGA